AAAGAACAGCAGACCGAAUAAUUUAUGCCAGCUACAAUUUGUCCCUGUUAUUUUAUGUCCUACUACAUAAAUGAUGAUGAAUCUCAUUUUGUGCCAAGGAAUCCCCAGAGGGGUGAAUAAGGGCUGGUGAGGUUUUUACUGUGCUAGAGCUGAUUUGAUAUUGAAUUGAUAAAAGCGAGGAGGGUAGAGUGUUUUCAAUUUACACUUUAAUGCCGGGUGAGAAAGCUAAAUGAAAGCCAUCUCAACCCUCUGGCCUCCUUAUGAUUGGCUCUGGAAAAUGAAGCUUGAUCUUGUAAUAAAUGCUCGGGGAGCGCAGCGCCUCACCCUCGCGGUGCCCUCAUCCUCAAACGGCCAACGUGAUGAUUUGAUGAAUCAUACUUUUCAAGGUGCUUGACGAUGUCCAUAUUUUCUGUUUGUGUCUCAGUGUGUUUCAGUCUCAGAACCCUAACAUUAUCAUGUGGUAUCAGUGUUGAAUCAAAAAAAAAAAAAACCUGUCUUAUACAGCCUCUGUCUUUGAAUGUGGCAGAGCGGAGGUGCAUGUAUGUGUAAUAUGGUCUUAACCUUUGGAUCACUUUUGGUUGCAUCAUAAGGCAGGGAUAACCAUUCACGUUUUAUUUCAGCAGAGCCAUAGGAGGUCUGUCUAGUAAAGAUGGUUAUUUACAGAUAUCUUUUCCAAUUGUAUUUUUUACUCUCCCUUGAUAUUGAUAACUUAUGCUUAUUUUCUAUAAUCGCAUGUUUUGCCACACUAAUACAGCACUGUUGUAGAUAGAGGACAUGGUGGUUGAUGGUGUCCAGAGUCACCAACAGCUAGAGAGCAGAAAUCGUGCAACUCAUGUAUGUUUAUACCACCUAAAUGUCACUGUUUACAUCUCUCUUGAAUAAUGCCCAAUUCAUCGUACGUGAUGUCAUGAAUACUCCAUUGUCUCACUAUGUAACGCAUUAAAGAACUGAAGCCUUCUCGCACAUGAGCUGGCUGGGUAGAGCCUGAAAACAAAAGCCGUCUACCCCCGAAACCAUGGACUCCGUGUGAGUCUCGGUAGGCUUUUUCAAGUGAUAACUGUAUGAGACAUGUAAUGCCUGUUUUUCUAGUUAUGCGGUGAUGAGAGUAUAGCUUUCCUGGCUUUGUGUUUGAACCGUUAGCUGUCAUGUCCUGAUAAACUGUUCAUGUGGUGCCUGAAAUGCACAGCUCCAGCAUCUUCAAUAUGUUGAUUUAAUGGUCUUCAGUAGUAUUCUAGUCAUGGAUUUCUUCAGAGCAGGCUCUUGGAUAGAUCUGACUUACUAAAAGCAUCACACUCAUGCCCACAAAGGACUUCUGUGAGUUAACAAUGCUGACAACUUUAAGACUCGGCUAUCUUUUUUUUUUAAACUAUUCACUAUACUGUAUAUCAAUGUGUUAUGUUACAAAUGGCUCAGAUUAUCCUUUUCAUAGCCUCUGUAGCUUUGGACAGACUACAUAUUAAUGCGAAUGGACAUAGAGGUACAGUGCAUCAGAUUUCUACAAGUGUCUGUGCAUAAUGAAGAUGCAGCAGGGGAUGACAAUGCUUAUCUGAGCCACAAAUGAUGUGAUUAUGAGUAAACAGAACACUAAUAACAGGCCAAGGAAUAUGUUUACUCCAUGUUUACAUUCCAGUGAUGCAUGAAAUGAGUUGGGAAAUGCACUUCACAUGUUAAGCCUGGUGUAUUUUCACCUACCAAGCAUCCACUAGGAGGUACAGAGCCUGUGUCUUAUGAAGAUGUCUACCAAGUGGUCCCAAGAUCAUGUUAAUGUCCCUGCCAGGCUAAAUUAUUGAAUUAAUGCAGCCAGCUGUAGGCUACAUUGCAUAGAUUUGUCUUGUACAAUUUAUAUUUAAUUCUGAUGACUCCCCAGACAUUUUCUAAUAUUUUAUGAACCUUUUGCAUCCCACGCUUACUCUACUUUUUUACUGUCACUCAUAAUGUGUGAAUGGUCUGAAGUGCAGCAUUCGUCGGAUCAUUGACAGUCCAAAUAAAGAGGUUCAGUUCUUUUGCAACUACACUUGUGGUUUGUGUUUGUGUCUAUUCACUUUGUUACAUAUUGGACACGCCUUUUAGCAGCUGAAAAAAGUCCGCUGCUUUCAUUGCUCUCAUUCCGACGUUACUUCAAUUACUUUUUACUUCCGGGUUGCACUGGUUUUAGGUUUUGGCAGUUCAUUUAUCAAGCUAAUAUGAGCUAGCCGCCUUUUUGUUAACGCCAUUAGCUAGUUUAUCUAAGAAGAAACGGGAGCUAUUUCGUCGGGAAACUGCAUAACAACUGCUUGGUUGUUUUGAACCAUUUAUGGCUACAAUACAUGGACACUGAUAAUGAUGUCUCACACAAGGGAUGUGGAUGGGAAACCUGCCUAAAGCUAACUGCAAUUACAAGUCAUUCCUUGGCAACUCCCUGUUGCACAACCAUUGCUUUUUCACCACGUAGUCCAUCAUGUCGUUACCAAAGGAGUCAGGGAACAGAGGGAAGGAUCGAGAGAGGGGGGCCCGUCCAAAGGUGAGACAGAGCCGGUCAGAGGAGAGACGAGGUUCAGGCGGUGGACGGAAAGGUGGAAAGGGGAAGAAGAAAGGCAUGGCUUCGCAUGAACUGGCGGCUGAGAGGCCUGUCAGCGAUGGCUUUGAGUACGGUGAGCUGUUGAGCGACCUGGAGACCGUGGACCAGUCUUCCUCCUCGCCUCUGAAGGAGAGCUGGAGAUGGCAGGGUCUGGAAGCCGCCGCCUCAUUCCUAGGACAAGAACGGGUAACAGCCAGGUCAGGACAGGGAACAGUUAGCUCUGCUACAGAGAUGCCUGCACCCGGUGAAGGUGAGGGCAGAGGGUCAAGCAGCAGUCGCACUCUCCGGCAAAAAAUCCAAGACGCAAUGGGGCAGUGUUUCCCGUUAAAGACGCACAGUGCGGCAGCGUCGGCUCCAUCUCCGCAGGCUCUUUCGUCAUCAGUUGCCUGUGCCUCUUCGAGGCGCAAGAUCCAUCUCAGUGAGUUGAUGUUGGACGACUGCCCUUUCCCCGUAGGAUCGGAACUGGCUCAAAAGUGGUAUCUCAUUAAGCAACACACGGCCCCCAUUACCCAGCCUCCCACGCUUGAUUCUGCGGUAGUGUGCAGUGCCCCUACCGCAGCCGCGGCUACUGUGGUGGAGGACGUCGACGACAGGUUGCGAGAGCGCAGGCGCAUCAGCAUCGAGCAAGGCGUUGAGCCACCACCCAACGCAGAGAUCCACACGUUUGAGGUCACAGCCCAAAUUAACCCCCUCUACAAGCAUGGCCCUAAGCUGGCUCAUGGUAUGAAUGAGUUAGCCGUGGCUGACAGAGCCUCCGUUCAUCAGCAGCAACAACAGCAGCUUCUUCUCCAAAGACAGCAGCAGCACCAGCUCCUUCUACAGAGCUGUUUGGACACUCUGGACGAGGUGGCGGCCUCAGCGUCCGCCUCAUCAGCUGCGUCCGCCCCUGUCCAGACCUGCGCUGCUACCCCCGACCCUCUGGUUUACCCAGAGGUGACGGCAACCAACGUGCCCUCCAGAGCCAUACUGCCUCCAACUGAGGAUCCCAAAUGUCACGACGGCUACCGCAUACACACUCAGAUCGACUACAUCCACUGUUUGGUUCCAGACCUGCUGCAGAUCACCAACCUCCCGUGUUACUGGGGGGUGAUGGACCGCUACGAGGCAGAGACGCUGCUGGAGGGGAAGCCCGAAGGCACCUUCCUCCUGCGUGACUCGGCCCAGGAAGACUACCUCUUCUCCGUUAGCUUCCGCCGCUACGGCCGCUCGCUGCACGCGCGCAUCGAACAGUGGAACCACAACUUUAGCUUUGACGUGCACGACCCCAGUGUCUUCCACGCUCCGACUGUUACGGGGUUGCUGGAGCACUACAAGGACCCCAACUCCUGCAUGUUCUUCGAGCCCCUGCUGUCUAACCCCAUCCAUCGCACGCAGCCCUUCACCCUGCAACACAUCUGCCGGGCGGUCAUAAGCAGCUGCACCACCUAUGAUGGCAUUAACACGCUUCCCAUUCCAAAUGCGCUGAAAAAGCACCUAAAAGAAUACCACUAUAAGCAAAGAGUACGUGUACGGCGAAUGGAUACCUGGUGGGAAUAAGGAACAACAACAACAAAAAAAAAAUACUGACUAAAAGAAACGACUAAAUACAUUUUAAACGCUCCUCGAACUGAACGAGUCUUGUUCUUCACUCUAUCUGGCUGUGUAAACCUACACUGCAAUGUACUUAUUUUUUAAAUUCCUGCUGUACAUGACUUAGUUGUACUAAACUACACUGAUGAGACAAUAUAUGUAAUCUCACUGAUCUUGCACACUCAAAGUUCUUUAUGCUCAAAUUAAACAAACUUAUUUAGAUCUGUGGUGUUCAACUA